AGCUUCUGCUCAUGCAGUUAUAAUCUCCGCCUUUCCGCGCGCAGCGAACGCUGUAACACCACCGCGCUCUAAGCCCGAGCAGAUCCUCUACUAGUAAAAAAUGAGCUUCACUGCCGGUGAACUCUCUGACUUAUUCACUGCAUGGAAUGGCCUCAAUAUGACAGACCAUCACAACAUGUCACAGGUAGAGACCCAAAUGUGCCCCACCUACUUCAGACGUUCAGCCCUCCUCCAGACCAUGUGCACCCUCUACGUCCUCAUCUUUGUGGUGGGUGUGGCUGCCAAUGGCUUGGUAAUCUGGAUCAACCUACGCUCAGAGCGUCGACACCGUCAUGAGAUGCACUUGUACAUUCUCAACCUGGCUGUGGCUGAUCUAUGUGUGGUGACCACACUUCCUAUAUGGGCAAGCUCACUUGCACAGGAGGGUCAUUGGCCCUUUGGUCAAGCUGCCUGCAAGCUGACUCACCUGACCUUCAGUGUUAGCCUGUUCGCUAGCAUCUUCUUCUUGGCCUGCAUGAGUGUGGAACGUUACCUGACCGUGGUUUGGACAGACGACGCCUUCUUUCGAUGGGAAAAGACUAUGCGGCGUCUGGUCUGUGCUGGAGUAUGGCUAGUUGCUCUGAUUGCUUCAGUGCCUGAUACCUACUUCCUCCAAUCGGUUAAGUCUGUGCACAGCGAUGUGACCUUGUGCCGUCCUGUUUACCCAGAAAACAACCAAAUGGAGUGGAUGGUGGGCCUGCAAUUAAGCUUUGUAGUGUUGGGUUUUGCUGUGCCCUUCUCUGUCUUUGCCACCUCAUCCGUGCUGCUAGCAAGUGCUCUGGCCUCUUCAAAUAGGGACCCAGACUGUAGUGUCAAUAAGAAGAACAUCCUUACUUAUAUUGUGGUCUUCCUGGCCUGCUGGGCACCAUAUCAAGGAGUCCUCCUGGCAGAUGCCCUGGCCAUGCUGGGGCUGCUACCACUUAGCUGUGAGGCAGAGAAUGGACUCUAUGUUGCGCUGCACCUCACCCAGGGCUUGUCCCUGCUCCACUGCUUCCUGAACCCAGUGGUCUACAGCUUCUCACGGUGCCACUAUCGCCACAACCUCAUGAAAGCUUUCACCUUCAAAUACUCUAUCCGCACAGGCCUCGCACACCUCAUAGAAGGCAUUCAGGGCACCGAGCGAGAGUACACAGCUUUUGAGAACCAGCUGUGAUGUAGGACCUUCUGGACUCCAAGUUCUGAACUUUAAAACAAAGAAUGUUUUAGAGUUUGAAAUUCCACAUUAAUGGAAAUUUGUAUUUGCAUUUAGAAAUCAGAGGAGGGAACUAGACCUGUCAGAAUGCCCUUCUUGCUAAUAAAAAAAGACUUCUGAAAUGUGUGUAAGGCCAGCACUCAUCCAGAACCAGCAGUUUUCUUUGCAAUACAGAUGUUAUAAAAUAGAUGUAGGUCAACAUGUAAUACAAUAAGUGUAAUGCAAUAAA